GACACACUAUUGAUAUGAAUAAUGUCUCUUGCUAUUUAGGGGGAGAGCCAAUUUUGUGUUGUAGGAAAACAAUGGAUUUGCUGCGCGCUGCAUAUUCAGAUGAUAACAGUGAAUAUGAAAAAGAUUUUUCAAAUGAUAAUAAAAAAAUAUUGCCUGUAGCAGGAAAUAAGAAUACAGAGAGAAGAAAAGUAUGGGAGGAGAGCAAUGUUGAAUGUAAUUAUGUGGCUGCUCCUUACAUUUCAAAGCGUCAGCGCAGGGAAGCACAGACGUCUGAUACUCCUUCCACGACAAGACCAUCAGCUGUUGUCGGUAGCAUUUCAGAUUCAAAGGUGCCUUCUCAUAUUCGAACACAAUUGAGGCAAUUUGGAGAGGUUAAUGCACAUCAUAACAGGAUUCCAAAAGGACUCCCAAUAAGCCUUACAGGUCACACAAAAGCUGUAAAUGCUGUAGAAUGGUCACCAACUCAUGGACAUCUUCUUGCUUCAGGAGGAAUGGAUCAUAUUGCUUACAUUUGGAAUGUUUGGAACAGAGAGGGCCAGAAUAAAGCUUGUGUGUUAAGUCAUCAUAAUGCGGCAAUUAAAGAUCUUCAGUGGUCAAAGCAAGGACUUCAUCUGCUUACAUGUGGCUAUGAUCAAACUUCCCGACUUACAGAUGUUGAGACUUCUAGUCAAGUACAAGUGUUCCGUGAGGAACAAGUUGUAAGUGUUGUGAAAUUUCAUCCACAAGAAUUCCACCUAUUUUUAUCAGGUGGAUCAAAAGGUACUAUAAGGCUUUGGGACAUCCGAAUGAGCAAGGUAAUUCGUGAGUAUUUGAGGGGUCUUGGCCCAAUCAUGGAUAUUGAUUUCAGCUAUGAUGGGAAGAAUUUCAUAUCCUCCAGUGAUAAUUCUCAGACAAAUUGCAGUGAAAAGUCUAUUGUUGUUUGGGAUUUCCAAACCCAAGUUCCUUUAUCAAAACAAGUCUAUGUGGAAGCAUAUACUUGCCCAUCAAUUCGCUAUCAUCCUGUUGAAAAUAGCUUUGUUGCUCAAUCAAAUGGUAACUAUAUUGCAAUAUUCUCAUCUACUCCACCAUUUAAGUUGAACAAGUAUAAACGGUUUGAAAAGCAUGAAGUUUCAGGCUUUCCAAUUCAAUGUAACUUCAGUCAGGAUGGUGAACUUCUGGUUACUGGUUCGGCAGAUGGUUGUAUAUAUUUCUAUAGUUAUAAAUCAUCAAAACUUCUAAGGAAGAUGCAUGUGUAUAAACAUGCAUCUACUGAUGUUGUUUACCAUCCCUUAUUACCUUCAGUGGUUGCAUCCUGCAGCUGGAAUGGUGAGGUAUCAGUAUUUGAAUAAAUUUGAGAAAAUUUUGUUCUCCAAAUCAUCAGAAUAUAUGAAGAGUUAAGAAGUUUUAGUGUAUGUAUGGUUUGCAUAAUAAUAAUCACAGAUGGGAAUCUGUCAUAAUUCAUGCUGAUAUGUAGAUGGCUCAAGGAAAAGCAUAAGAGGCUUGCAAAUUAAUUGAUACCGUUUAUUUCAUUCUAUUAAGAAUUGGUGAGAGGGAUGAUUCUAAAAAAACUGUGUAUAGAUGUAAUUUUGGCACUCUAAUAAUUUAAUCAUCCUCAAAUUCAGGGCUGAAGAUAUGGCAAGUUGUUACACUUCUCUGAGGUUUAGCUUUGUAGGACAAAUCAUGCAGAAGUUAGAACUGAGAAACAAAUAGAUCUGAUCUAUGUGAGUUGUACAUGUGGGUAAUUUAAUUUGGUGGGCUUCAUCAAUUCAGCAUCUCAAGUACAUUGACUAAGCCGAUGGGCAUAUUGUGACCAAAAUGUUAUUUACAAGCUCAAAUUUAUUGUAGCGGCAAAAAGGCAUGUUUUCAUAUUCGAAUUCUACUAAUUGAAAAAGAUGAACUUUUCCUACGAACGCUAGGGAGUUUGCCCUAAGAUAAGAGUGACAAUAAAUAUGAG